GGGUGGGUGGUGGGGAGCACUAAUAAGGGGUGCAUUUGGACAAUAGCUACUCUUAUCUAGAGAACUGAUUCUUCCUGUGUUUUCAGAAAAUGUCUACAGGAUUAACUGUGUUAUGUUGUCAUUCAGAAUAAUGUGUCCAGGGUUAUAUAUUCUUAUACUUGGUGUUUUAUUUUUCUGUUGAUGGAUCAUCAGAAACUUUCUACAUUUUCCAGAUAUUAUCAAUUGCUGGAGAAAGUGCAGGUUGAUACUGUGAUGAGGAGGCUAUCUGAGGAACUUGGCUGGACAUAGGGCAAUUGGAACCUUCUGGAUAUUUCAUUUUUCUGCGGUGUUUACUCUCUGGGAGAACUCUCAAGAUGGUUUGUUAAGUACAUGGAGGUGGCUGAACCAAGAACAGCUCUGCCACAACAGAAGCACCAGAGUUACUUUGUACAGUGUUUUUGUUUCCAAAUAUUUAACCUUGAUUUGUGUGGAAUUCACACCUUGGACACCAAUGACAGUUUGCCUCAGUUUCCCCAAAUGGUACUGGAAUUAGAGUUACCAGAAAGUGUAUUGUUAGACUGAGCCCUGGAACUACAUGCUGGCUCUAAUGUCUUCUCUUCCUACUUCCUGUCAUCCGGUGAGAAUUUUGCCUAGGAAGUAACAGCUGGUUAUCAUGAAACUUUGUUUGGGAGUGCAACUCUUCUGAUGUGGAGACCAUGGUGCUAAUCCUAUCCCAGCACCUUGCAAGAUUUUGAUGUGGAUUCUGGCCUCAAUGGAGCAUUGCUGCUCAACAUCCAAAAUGGCAAUGAAACUGAUAUCUGUGCCCUUUAUUCCUAGCCUUGGCAGCUUCAUCUCAAUGGCAGCAUUGCCAGAAGCCUUGUGGUGAACGUGACCUGAAACGGUCUGUGAGUGACCAAGGGGUGGGGCUGCUUUGUACCAGCUUCCUGGUGAAGAUAAUAUUUAGUAGACAUUGUGAAUACAUGCUUGAUCCUUUUCCUGUAUACCAGUCUGUCUCUGGUGGUUGCUUUCCCAUUUUCUGAUCAGCAUGGGGUUGAUCAUUUCUGUGUGUAAAAGGGAGAAGCAUGCUACUAUGGCUUACAACUGCCGGGAAGCAGAGCAAGUUUACAGCCAACAGCUGCUGAAGAAGCCUCCCAAACCCAUUGAGAAAGCAGACAUCUGUAUAGUGCCUGUAAUACGGCAGGAAGAUGCUAAACAACCACAGGCUGAGGUAGAGGCUUUGCCAGAAAGUGUUUGGACUGAUUGCUUGGAAAAGACGUGCUAUAUGACUCCAACUCUGUACAGGACCCUUAGGAACCAGCAAAACCAAAUCAGCUUUGUUGAUCAAAGUGAAAGAUUUGCUCUCCCAGCUAUGCAUGUGCAACACAGGCCUUUCUCUGCUCUGAAGAUUGGAAAUCCUUGUGCUCAGAAUGUGUGGCCCACUGGCCAAAAGUCAUAUUCUGUCUCCCGGCCCAAGGGCCCUUUGUCAGAAGUAGCUCCACGACAACGGGAAAGGCCUGUCCCUAAGGCAAGCCCAGAAGAAGCUCACAGUCACCGGCACAUCUUAAGAAGCCUGGUGAGGCUCUCCAUGGCUGCUCUUGCUGAACAAGGCUCUGGCAGACAGUUAAGCAUUGAAUCAGCCCCUGUGCAGGGCCAAGUGAAGCCUAAACCCAAUCACAGAGGGAAUAAAUACACUGCUAAACAUGUGUGUUGUAGGAACCCCCACCCAAAUGUGGAGGAUCUCAUAACUAAGGCGGACAAUGAGAAUAGGCAUUGUGACCUGGAGCUACUAGGAGAAGAACUUGGGAACAUUUUAGAUUGUCCAUCAGGGCCGGGCAUGGACCAGCAGACUGAAGCAGGUCCAGCAUGGAUGGGCAGGUUGUCCAUUCCUCUAUCACUUGACUACAAGGAUAAUGUUGUAUCACCAAGCACAUUAUUGUUUCCAGUGAGCCAGGAAACCAGAAACAGAGACGCGCCUCAAACUUUUGAGACCUUUGGCAAAGCAACUGGAUGCAAAGUGAACACAGCAGAGCCCGGGCUGGCAAGCACCUUCCUCUCUGAAAUGGGCACUCUGUUUGAGAUGAUCUUGGCUCAGAAUCCCCGACCCCAAAUGGAUUCAUCCUUGGACUUCUUGCCACAAGUCUCAAUAUGUAGCCAAACCCUAGAUCUGGAUGGAGAUGUUUUGGGAGCUAACAGAGCUUUGAGCCAUAGAACAUUUUGAAAAAAAGGGUUUUCAAUAUAAAGGCCUCUCUGUGACUCCUAACUGCAACAGCAAGGAUGUGUGAACAAACUCAGCUCAGGGAACACUGCCUUUAAAUCUUUUACAUCCCAGGUACUAUCAGCCAGUCUGCCAACCUUAGCAAAUACCUUCUGACAUGGAAUUAAAACUGCAGAGGUCCUAACAAUCCUUCCUCAUGAAACCAUGGUAUAUGAAAAUUGUGUAGGAGGUCUCAACUAUUGCUAAUAUGCAUGGGAGACUGAAAGGCAAUUUGGAGCAUAGGUGAUUUUUCUCUUCAAACCUUUUCUGAUUAAGAUGAUGGAAUGGCAACAUCUAAGCUUGAUUCUGUUGUUUAUGUCAGACUUUUAGUCUCUAGUUGAGACUCAAACGAACUAUGAAGAUUCCAUUUAUAGUCUCAUGAAACUUAAAAGCCAAUCUUUGAGUUUGUUUCUUUAAAAAUAGAUAAACUCUCAGAAAUCAAAUGUUUGCUCCUAAACUCAAUAUCUAUUUUUAUUCUAACAUAUUAUCACUGCUAUUAAGAGAAUUUAGCAUCACUUGAGCUGUCUGAAAUUUAUGCACUUUACCAUCAACCUUGGGCUUAUAUGACUUAUUGCCCUCGUCCUAAAUUUUCUCUUUUGAGAAAUAUAGGCAAAAACUAUUUUUUUUCUCCCAAAAAUAGAGUUCCUUGUGCAGCAAGAAAAAUUCAAUAACUAGCCUGCUCAAAGUACAAAUAAAAAAUAAAAAAUGGUUUCUGCAAUAUACUGUGGACUGCAGGACCAGUCCAUAGUGGCUUAGAGUUAGUUUAAAAAAAACCUAUUUAUUAUACUUGUUGCCUCCUUUACAUUGGUCCUAAUCCACAUCUGCAAAGUUUCAGCAAUACUUCAGCAUUGUGCUUUGAGAAUCAUUGUAUCAGACUUUGUAUCAGACACUGAUUUUAGAAUAGUGACAAAAUUGUUUAUUAAGUUUUAUAACCCACAGACCUUCAUGUUAAUGAAGCAGAUUUGCUUUCAUUAGCAUUCCUUGUGCAGUAACAAAAGAAAAGUGACUCAGUAGUCUGUUUACCUUUAUAGUUAAUUACCUAGAUGAAAUAUUUCCAGAGUACUACUUUUAUGUUUGUGUAACAGUACAGUUCAACUCUGACAUCUGUGGGAAA